AUGGUUCUAGAGCCUUUGUCAUCUCCCCACAGGAGAUCCCAGAACUCCGUGUUCCAGGUUUCUUCUCUCAGGAGGGUGUCGGGUCGUGAUGAACUGGGUACCUGGUCAGCCCUCUUCAAACGGCACCGCUUUCUACUGACGAUGCUGGCGCUCUUGGCCUUUCUAUGCACGAUCUAUCUCUACUUCGCCGUCACCCUCGGCUCCAAAGAGUCAUGUUCUGGUCUCUCCGGCACUCAGAAGGCCCUCUGCAAAGCAAAAUCUUCUGUGUUGCACAAAGGAAAGCUGAGGUUCUCCUAA